UUUGUAUUUCAAUUUUUUACGGCGGGAUUGAAUUUAGUGCACUUUCUGGACCUUGUUUUGGGAGAGUGACAUACAGAACUGGUCGAGAGAAAGCGGUCCCGUCGUAUGCAUUGCUCUGCUCCUUCAGCUACAAUGCUUCAUCUCAAGGCACCUCCUGCAUCUCUACGCCUCCUUGUUUCUCAUCUCCGCAGACUCAGGACUCUUCCUCUGCGUCCUAUUUCCGUUGCUCGUAACGUAUCGCUCCCUUCUUUCUCAACCAGGAGUACACAUGGAUUCAGAAAGAUUACAAAUGUCAUGCCCACAAGGUGUUCUACCAGUAUACGGGCUUUCAUGUCUUCAUCUGUGGCCACAGAACCUUCAUCAGACCCGAAUGCUGCAAAAUCAUACGAUGCUGGACAGAUUCAGGUUUUGGAAGGGUUAGAACCAGUACGAAAGCGACCAGGGAUGUACAUUGGAAGCACAGGACCUCGUGGUCUACAUCAUUUGGUUUUUGAAGUUUUGGACAAUUCCAUUGACGAGGCUCAGGCUGGGUUUGCUACAGUUAUAGAUAUUAUUCUCUUCCCCGAUGACUCUGUUAGCAUCAAAGAUAAUGGCCGUGGGAUUCCUACUGAUUUACAUCCCAUCACACAGAAAUCUGCAUUGGAGACAGUCUUAACGGUGUUACAUGCUGGUGGGAAGUUUGGUGGUGAGAGCAGCGGUUAUAGUGUAUCUGGAGGGUUGCAUGGCGUUGGUGUUUCUGUCGUGAAUGCUUUGUCAGAGAAAUUGGAAGUUACAGUCUGGCGGGAUGGAAUGGAAUAUCAUCAGACCUUUAUGCGUGGAAAGCCUGUGACUGAAUUACAAUCCAAUAAGAUUACUGAUGAACCCACAUCUUUACAAGGAACGUACAUAAGGUUUUGGCCCGACAAAGAAAUCUUCACAACCACUAAACAAUUUGACUAUAAGACAAUAGCUGGACGUGCGAGGGAACUUGCAUUUCUGAAUCCUGAGGUUAAGAUAACCUUGAAGCAGGAGAAUGAUGAUACAGAAAAUACAGUCUAUGAUGAGUAUUAUUUUGCUGGGGGUUUAUCUGAGUAUGUCCAGUGGCUGAACCAGGACAAGAAACCAAUUCAUGAACCCAUUCUUUUGAAGAGUGAGAAGGAUGGAGUCAACGUCAAUGUAGCACUUCAAUGGUGCUCUGAUGCGUACUCUGAUACCUUGCUGGGAUAUGCAAAUAGCAUCCGAACAAUUGAUGGAGGAACACACAUAGAUGGUCUGAAAUUUUCAUUGACAAGAACCCUUAAUAGUCUUGGAAGGAAGUCUAAAAUGAUCAAGGAGAAUGAGGGUCUCGGUGGCGAGCAUGUUAGGGAAGGUUUGACUGCUAUAGUUUCAGUUAAAAUAUCUGAUCCAGAGUUUGAAGGUCAAACAAAAACACGGUUAGGAAACCCAGAGGUUAGGAAGGUUGUGGAUCAAGCUGUUCAGCAGUACUUCACAGAGUUCCUAGAAUACAAUCCCGAAGUUCUUAAUUCAAUUCUUUUGAAGGCUCUUAAUGCUUUUAAGGCAGCUAUGGCAGCUAAAAAGGCAAGAGAAUUGGUAAGGAGAAAAAGUGUUUUAAGUUCAGGUUCCUCUGCACUCCCUGGAAAACUUGCUGAUUGCUCUUCUUCAGAUCCCCGUGAAGCUGAGAUCUUUAUUGUUGAAGGAGAUUCGGCAGGAGGUAGUGCAAAACAAGGUCGAGAUAGACGAUAUCAGGCAUCAAAUGGAGAUCCCGGAGUUGGAAAAUCAAGCCAGAUCAAGGACGGUCUCCUCCAGGGCGAUCAAGCAAGGACAAGGGUGACCUCCUCCAGUCAAGCAUCGACAAGGAUGGCCUUCUUCGGACUAACAUCAUCAAGGGCGACCUCUUCUAAUCCAGCAUUCCAAGGCGAGGCAAUCUUACCUUUGCGUGGUAAAAUACUGAACGUGGAGCGCAAAGAUGAACAAGCUAUAUAUAAGAAUCAAGAAAUACAAAAUCUUAUACUUGGAUUAGGGCUUGGGCUAAAGGGUGAGGAUUUCAAGAAAGAAACUUUGCGAUAUCACAAGAUUAUCAUACUUACAGAUGCAGAUGUGGAUGGUGCUCAUAUUCGUACUCUUCUCUUGACAUUCUUUUUUAGAUAUCAGAAAUCUCUUUUUGAGGAAGGGUGCAUAUAUGUUGGGGUUCCUCCACUGUACAAGGUGGAGAGGGGUAAUCGAGCUUAUUAUUGUUUCGAUGAUGAAGACUUAAAGAAGUUGCAGCAAACUUUUCCAUCAAAUGCAUCAUAUACAAUUCAGCGUUUCAAAGGAUUAGGAGAGAUGAUGCCUCUUCAAUUAUGGGAGACAACCAUGGAUCCUGCAAAAAGAAAACUAAAACGAUUAACAGUUGAAGAUGCUGUGGAGGCAAACAUGGUUUUCUCUUUGUUGAUGGGAAAUCAGGUGGAGCCACGGAAAGAUCUCAUUGUAAGCUCUGCAUCCAAAUUCAACCUUGAUAGCCUUGAUCUUUAGUGGGAACAUCACAUGUGAUCCUUUUUGACUUGUACUAUGGAAGAUGAGCAUUCCAUUGAUAGCACAGGUGGAGUUCUGUGAGGAGUGAGUUUCAAGCACAUCAUAUAUUCAGAACCAGUUGACAAAAAAUAGAAGAUGCCAAUGCAUGUUUGCAUUUACGGUGAUAUGCUGAGAUGUAAAGGAACCAUGCCAGUAUUUUACUCUGGUUAAGCUCUUAUACUCAUCUGUUCAUAGAUACUCAUUUUCACUAGCAUUCAGAAUUGAUGAAAGUUGUGCAGGUCUUCGCAUAGUAAAAUGGCACUGAUUUCAGACCAGCAGUUAUACAGCCCGGUCUAAUGUGAUGCAUGUCUGACAGUACUAGCAUUUAAUAUGCCCAAAAUGGUUUAUAAUUUGUUAAUAAUUUCUAAUUAUAUGGAUAACGUUCUUUGUUAGCAAAGGUCUACUCUUCUUCCUCAUCUCAUUUCUUGAAAAGUAUUAUUUUUUCUAUAGUUACUAAGAGACUUGUACAUACUUGUUUCGUGUACUAGAAAUGUAUCUGUCCCAGAGACUGAUGCAAGACCUUUGCAGACAUGAUAUUUCAUAUUUAAGUUUCUUUACAUCGUUAUACUUUUCCUAAAAUCAUCCAAUAAAAAAUGGGAAUCUUAUAGAGGUUUCACAA